UUUCCUGUUUGCUACAGCUUACGUAACCCCAUCCUGAAUCUUCUAUAACGCAUUGUAUUAACUCUGAGCCUGCUGUGUAGGAGUCACCGAGGUCUAUAGACGAAGACGAGUAGGGGGGCUGCCUGUGAGGCUUUGGUUCAGGACGAAUAGAAACACUUUAAAAACACAACGAAUGCGGUACAGAGCAAAUAGGCCAGAGUGACUUGUUAACACUUCAGUGUUGUUGGCAAGCUGAAAUUGAAAAGAGUCAUGUUUGAAACCUUCAGAGAAAGACUUCAUAUGGUCCAGCAGGAUUUCACAACGGGCUUUAAGACCCUUGGAGACAAAUCAAGAGACACCAAAAUCAGGCGGCGACCCAGGUUUGAAGAAAGCUUUCCUCAUUUCAGUGCUGGACUGGAAAUCCUCAGCAGGUAUGAGGAGAGUUGGUUUCUGCUCCAUAAAAGAACCAAAGACUGUGCUCAGGCUGCAGAGGCAGUAGAUGGGGACAUAGUGAUGCUCUCAGCACACUGGGAGAGAAGAAGAACAGCUUUGACACAACUACAAGAACAGCUGCAGAGCUUGCCGGCCUUCAUCAGUGAACUUGAUGCCAUCACAGCUAACAUAGCACAUUUGGAAGGUGACUUUGAGGAGAUGGAGAGCAGACUGGUAUACCUGGAGACUCUGUGUUGUCAGUGUGAACAACAGACAUUCAAACAACAUCAUAUCAACGAACUUGAAGUCUAUAAGAAAAAGAAGAGGAGGGAGUUGGACGUACUGGAAGUGGAACUGAAUUCUCAGCAUGCUCAGAAGCUGGCAGAGCUGGAGCAGGGCAUGCAGCAGAAACUGAAAGAACGACAAAAAGUGUAUGAAGAAGCCUUUAACCAAGACAUGAAGCAAUACCUGUCCACCGGAUAUCUGCAGCACAGAGAGCCAACAGGAGCUGAUCUGUGUGCCCUGGAUGAGAUGACUGUAACUAACAUAUCAGACCAGGAGGCUUUGGAUGACUUCCUCAACUCCACUGGUGAUGACAUCAGUACUGGAUCAUCACUGACCUCUGGUCCAGACCUUGAGUCCUGCUCCUCUGAAUCUGUGAGAAGCCAAAUGACCCAAGUGACCCAAACCCCUCCCACAAUCAACCAACUGUCCAACCAGGAUGCAGUAUGGGAGCAAGUAGAGGAAGUCGCCAGUGAGGAGAGUGAUGAGCCUUUGGUGCAGUCAGACGAGGAAGACAUUCAAUCAGACAUGUCAUUGGUUGGACUACAGGAUGUUGGCACAGUGCAGGGCUGUGAUGAGAGUGACCCUAGUGGGGACGUGCCCUCUGGGUAACCCAACAAUCAGGCCCUUGAAACUCCUUAAAUACUGGGUACUACUGUGACUUGACACAGCUCCUAUCUCCAGCCAACAUCAAAGUGCCUCUUCCCACUGAAGUCUGAUGUCAAAAACAGAUAUGAUUUGAAACCAAUGCUUUAAGACAAAUCCUGAAUUUAUAAGGUGUGGAUACUUGUGCUGUGAGAAAAUGUGAUCAGAGUCAGUAAUGCAAACUAACGGAUACAUUGUUUCACUAUACCCAGCAAUUGAUUAGUCUUUCAUUAUAAAUGAUAAGGUGGAUGAUAUUCAAUGAUUUUCUUUUUGUAAUCAAAUACCAAGAAAAACAAAAAUGAAAGUUUUGUCAGUUUAUUCAAAGCUAUAUCCAAUACUUCAAGCUGAAUUGGUGUCCCAAAACUAUUAAAAACAUCAAUGAUGAGACAUUUAUACCAAAAACAGCUCUGCAAAUAUGCAAGGGGCUGAGCUGCUUUCACAUGCAAAAACAUUGGUUUGUGUGACAAAUCUAAAGGCUUAUCAGAGACCAAAACACUGCACAGCUGUUUCUAAGACUAUGAGUAAGGGUUUUACAAUUCUUUAGAGUUAUCAUGGCGAUAGUUAUUUCACUCUCAGUUGUGAUAAUUUUUAGGUAAACUGUAGAAUACCUGUUUAAAAUUCACAGUCAGUAUUAAGACUCACAAACACAUUGGUUUGGGCCUUUUCAUUGGAUUUACUGACAAAAAGACACUCGACUAAUACUUUAGCAUUUCUGCUUUGUGUUUUAUUUAAACUGUUUUAGUCUGACAAUUAGAUAAACAAGUCUGUUCCUUACCCAUUCAAUAAAAAUAUCAAUAUGUCUGUAUAUCA